UCACAGGGACCAGUUAAUGAACAAGCAGUUGCAAAUAUAUAUGCGGUAAUAAGGUCUGAACUCAACCAAAUUCACUCGAAAAUCACCGAGCUGAGAAUGGAAGUUAGCGAGCACUCCUGGGUAGUUAAUGCCAUUCAGUCGCUCGAUCCCUCUAGACGAUGUUAUCGAAUGAUUGAGGGUGUUCUGCUCGAGAAAACUGUGAAGGAAGUCUUGCCGGCGGUGCUGCGCAACAAAGAGGGACUCGAAGAAGUUAUUAGCAGGCUCAAGAAGAAAAAGGUGAUUGUUGAGUUUGAGGCUAAAUAUAAAAUCAGGACAAGGAAAGCUGAUGCAGAGGUGAAGGAUGAAUCCGGUAGAAAGGAAGGCGCUGCUCAAGGCGUUCUUGUUGGCCCUGUAGGUGGAAGUGAAGCAUAGAUCAGGUUUUACUCUGUUUUCUGAGAAUGUUAGCAUGAAGUCUUCUUUAAUCUUGUCCUUUAGCACGUUGUGGUGUUACCGGACCGGACCGGUCGGUCGGACCGGUCCAACAGCGGACGGGCGACAUUAACAAUCCGGCCAAGCAUGUAAAACUGUUUACCAGUCAAGAACCGAUCGGAACCGGGAUCCGGACGGUUUACACAAAACGGAAGCUCCUUCGUUUCUUUCCCCCUUUCUUUCUUUCAUUCAGAAAGAAAUCACAGAAACUCAGCCAAAAAAACCCUAGCCCUGUAAGCCUACACCACCGCCGCAAGGAGUGGCAUACUGCCGCCGUCCCUCGUGCUCCAAGUCUGCAACCCCUGUUCGCUGUCACCGAUCGCAGCUGCUUCCUCGAGCUCGGCGUCCGUGUCUUUGUCUGCUCAGCCGCGCUUCCGCCCCCGUUUGUUUGCCGUUCACGUUCGCGUCUUCGUUCAGCCGUCGUCUUCGUUCGCGUUCUUCGCCUUCACGUUCGCUCGGCGUUCACCGUUCGCGUUCACUCGCCGUUCACCGUUCGAGUUUUCAUUCGCGUUCGUCUGGAAGCCACGUUGCUCUGCUUCAAACUCUGCGACCAACCCGUGCGCUCCACCUAGCCGUCGAACUGCUCUCUUUUGUUGCCGCCCACCGUAAUCUCCGGCCACGCAGAUUGUAUUCCCACCGGUGGCGUUAGCUUCUUCUCCAUCCGCGGCGACGAAUUCUCAACUGUUCACGGCUGUAGCAGCUUCUUUUUUCGGGGCACGUACGGA